UGUUAGUAUUUAUAACACACUUGAUAGAGCAGUACAUUGUUGCUAUUUCUUCACAUUGAAAGGAUUCGUUGAGAGAUUUGAUCAGAUAUUUGUGAGCAUUAUCAUCCGGUGCUAGUGUGUUUAUGUACAACAACAGUCACGAGUGUCAUUGGUAGGCGAGGAAUCUUACCCAUAAACAUUCGAUAAUCAACGCAAGCAGCUGUGCCAGUUGUAGCAACUUCAAAGCAACUACACCAAAACUACAUCUACAACCAUCACAACAACAACAUCAAAAUAAGACAUCAUGAAGACGAGCUGUUGUCAGAUAAUCGGGUUGAUCUUGCUGGUCAACACUAACCUCGCCCUGAUCAUAAGUUUUGCAACGCCUUACUGGAUCGAGUUCAACCCCGAGUUAGCCAGCCUUAGUUUCAAACACCUGCAAUCAGGCAGACAAAACAGGGGACUCUUGGCCGACUGUAGCCCCAACGACUGCCAUUGGUCCUUCUUUGGGGAUGACAGAAAUGGCACCGAUUACCCAGCAUGGUUCAAAGCGACGCAGGGCUUGAUGUCAGUGGCCCUGGCUCUUGGACUUAUUGCUCUCCUGGUGGCCACCCUUUCCCUGUGCUGUACGUGCCACAGCUGUAACCCUCACCAUCCAAUCUGUGGAUUCCUCAUCAUCGCAUCUGUGUCUAUAGCGGUAGCCAUCGUGGUUUUCGGGAUUAAGGCGAAGAAUGAAUGGGGCAUCGACUUCCAGAUGGAACUUAUGUCUAGCGGCCGCUUUGGGUGGUCAUUUUGGACGGCAGUAGGUGCCGCGGCCAGCGCCCUGCUGACUUCUACCAUCUACUGUUGUAUGGACAGAAAGAGACACUAAAUAGAGCAGUUUAACGGAUGAAGGCGAAACGGUUCUAUCUGCAUUUUUAUUUUGCUCUUCUUCGCUAAUCAGGUUACCGUCUUGUCUAAGACUGAUGAGUUUGCAAUUGAAAACAAAUCGUGUAAAUAUUGUUAACACGCUGGUAAUACAUUUAGUAUAUAUUUUAUUUUAAAUCCAAAAAGUCAUUUACAUUACAACAAAUGUUAUAUAAUGCUACGAAAACGAUUUAUAUGCAUGUAGGGAAAAAACAUUUUUAUAAAUACAAAUUAAUCACCAGUGUACAGAUAGUUUCAACACAUUUUAGCUAGUUCUGGCAGUUAUUAUAAUUAUCUUGUGGUUAAUUUUGUUAUGAUAGAUUACGUCAUGUUUAUAAAUAACUACCAAUCAGAAUGCGCGAAAUGCUACUAGAGUCAUUAUAAUCAAGACUACUUAAAUGUAAUGUCACAUGGAACCUUUUCGCUUUCGCUCCCGAUUUUUGAAUCGUCUAGGUAGAUAGUAUGUAUAUUUUACAGUUUAUUAUUUUGAAAACUGUUUAUGUAUGUCUCAUAUUUACAGCUGUAUAUACAUGUGUGUGUGAAAAGUGUUUCAUUUCAUGUUCAUUUUAUAUAUCAUUAGCUGUGCAUACAAAGCUAAGAUAGAUAUUAUGUCAAUAAAGAAAUAGUUUUAUAUA